ACAUUCGGAAGUACGUAUUUAUGAUCAAAACCCUACGGCCAACCUUUAACAAAAUGUAGUCAUUGUCCCUGUUGAAUUAUACUGACUCCGACUGCAACCUACCGACUAUUGCACUGCGAACACACCAGCGAGCAGCAGUGGGUCGUUCGUGAGCGAUUUGGUUCCUGGUCAUCAUUCACUCGCCUUUGAGUAUGUUAAAGACGUGCACGGAUGCUCCAACACUAUAAACGAAUGGACAUGUAUAACUAAUGGGCCCCUGUCAUCAGCCGCCACAGAUAAAUGUAGUCGAGUUGAGGUUUUACUGGCGAACGGGACGCCACCAGAGGCAGCUGGUGAAAACGACUCCCGAUAGAGAGCUGAAGUUCCCAUCACCACCGCUGAGCGCAGCCUCUGCUUUUCGGCGGCAGAUCCCUUCCUCUAUCCAAAAUGGCUGCCCACAACAAACUUGCUGGCGUGUUUUGGGGAUCUGUUGACACUGGAGUACAAUAGGUCAUGUUAUUGUGGAGGUUUUGUCUUUCACUUCAUUGCACCCAGGUGCUAAUUCGCUAAGGCAGCCCUUCAACAUCGUGAACUGAGACAGAAACGGUGGUUCUUGGCUGGAUACGCCGACCUUUCAGCUCCUCUUCAUCUUCUGAAACAAGCUCAGGAUAGAGGCGAACUAUGGUGUGGUGACUCUUCCGAGCCUCGUCCAGGAGCGAAGAUGAACAAGAAACGGGAUAAAGGAUUUGAGAGUCCCCGACCCUUUAAAUUGACCCAUCAGGUGGUGUGUCUCACCAACGUCAACUUCCAGAGAAAGUCCGUCAUUGGUUAUGUUGAGCUGACCAUCUUCCCUACAGUGGUUAACUUAAACCGCAUCAAGCUAAACAGUAAACAGUGCCGCAUACACAGAGUCAGAGUCAAUGAAUUGGAGGCCCCCAUCAUUUACAAUGACCCAACUCUGGAGGUGUGCCACCAUGACUCCAAACAGCGGAACCUGAACUACUUCUCCAGUGCCUACACGGCAGCAAUAAGUGCUGUGGACCCUGAUGCAGGCCACGGGGAGCUUGCCAUCAAAGUUCCCUCUGAGCUCUGGAAACAAGGUGAUGAGUUAAAGGUUUUGAAGGUCGUCAUUGAAUUUUCUCUGGACCAACCUAAAGGAGGUCUCCACUUUGUUGUUCCUGAUGUGGAGGGCAGCAUGGCAGAGCGAGGUGCCCACAUGUUUUCUUUUGGGCACCAAAAUUCCACCAGGUUCUGGUUUCCGUGUGUCGACUCCUACUCAGAAUUGUGCACUUGGAAGCUGGAGUUCACUGUGGAUAGUUCAAUGGUGGCUGUGUCCUGUGGAGAUCUGGUGGAGACUGUAUAUACCCAUGAUAUGAGAAAGAAGACCUUUCAUUACAUCCUCUCCAUUCCCACCGCCGCCCCAAACAUCUCCUUAGCUGUGGGGCCCUUUGAAAUUCUGGUGGAUCCAUACAUGCAUGAGGUGACACAUUUCUGCCUACCACAUCUACUGCCGCUGCUCAAACACUCAAUGUCGUUUCUGCACGAGAUAUUUGAGUUUUACGAAGAGAUCCUGACGUGCCGCUACCCUUACUCCUGUUUCAAGACUGUGUUUGUGGACGAGACCUAUGUACAGGUUUCAUCGUACGCUUCCAUGAGCAUCUUCAGCACGAACCUGCUCCACAGCCCGAUGAUCAUUGACCAGACCCCCCUCACACGCCGCUAUCUGGCACAAGCACUGGCGCAGCAGUUCUUUGGUUGCUUUAUUUCCAGAAUGUCAUGGGCGGAUGAAUGGGUGCUGAAAGGAAUCUCAGGCUACAUCUAUGGCUUGUACCUGAAAAAGACCUUUGGAGUCAACGAGUACCGACACUGGAUUAAAGAGGAGCUGGACAAGAUUGUGGAAUAUGAACUAAAGAUGGGAGGUGUCCUGCUGCACCCGACCUUCAGCGCUGGAAAAGAUAAGGACAACCCAACUCCACACCUCCACUUCUCAAUCAAGCACCCACACACCUUGUCCUGGGAGUACUACAAGAUGUUCCAGUGUAAGGCCCACUUGGUGAUGAGGCUGAUCGAGAACAGGAUCAGCAUGGAGUUCAUGUUGCAGGUUUUCAAUAAGCUGCUCAGUCUGGCGAGCACCGCCUCUUCCCAGAAGUACCAGAGCCACAUGUGGAGCCAGAUGCUUCUCUCCACCCACGCCUUCCUCAAAUCCAUUUCCAAUGUGUCUGGCAAAGAUAUCGGGCCCCUCAUUAAACAGUGGGUUGACCACAGCUCAGUGGUGAAAUUCUUUGGAAGUUUCGCUUUUAACAGGAAGAGGAACGUGCUCGAGCUGGAGAUCCGUCAGGACUACACCUCCUCUGGAACUCAGAAAUAUGUUGGUCCUAUCAAGGUCACGGUGCAGGAGCUGGAUGGUUCCUUCAAUCACACGCUGCAGAUAGAGGAGAACAGCCUCAAACAUGACAUCCCCUGCCAUUCUAAGAGCAGAAGAAACAAGAAAAAGAAAAUCCCUUUGAUGAAUGGAGAAGAGGUGGACAUGGACCUGUCAGCUAUGGAUGCUGACUCGCCUUUGCUUUGGAUCCGGAUCGACCCAGACAUGUCCAUUUUGAGAAAGGUAGAGUUCGAGCAGGCGGACUUUAUGUGGCAGUAUCAGCUGCGGUACGAGAGGGACGUUGUCGCGCAGGAAGAGGCCAUCUCUGCACUGGAAAAAUUCCCCACACCCGCGUCCCGACUGGCUCUCACUGAUAUCCUGGAACAAGAGCAGUGCUUCUAUAAAGUCCGCAUCCAGGCUUGCUUUUGUUUGGCAAAGAUAGCUAAUUCCAUGGUGAGCACAUGGCAGGGUCCUCCAGCGAUGAAGUCCCUGUUCACCAGAAUGUUCUGCUGCAAGAGCUGCCCCAACAUUGUCAAGACCAACAACUUCAUCAACUUUCAGAGUUACUUCCUGCAGAAGACCAUGCCUGUGGCCAUGGCUUCUCUGAGGGACAUCCAAAACCUCUGCCCCAAAGACGUCCUGAACUUCAUACUUGACCUCAUCAAGUACAACGACAACAGGAAGAAUAAGUUUUCAGAUAACUAUUACCGCGCCGACCUGAUCGAAGCUCUCACCAACUCCCUGACUCCGGCCAUCAGCAUCAACAACGAGGUGCGGACGGUGGAUAACUUGAAUUCUGACGUGCGCCUCAUCCUGGAGGAGAUCACGCGCUACCUCAACAUGGAGAAGCUGCUGCCGAGCUUCAGGAACACCAUCACCGUCAGUUGUCUGAGAGCCAUCCGGCAGCUGCAGAAGAACGGCCAUAUUCCCAGCGACCCCUCUCUUUUCAAGUCGUACGCAGAGUAUGGCCAUUUUGUGGACGUUCGCAUCGCUGCUUUAGAGGCCCUGGUGGACUACACGAAAGUGGAGAAGAGCGCGACAGAAUUGCAGUGGCUGCUGGACAUGGUGCAGACUGACUCGGUUCAUUACGUGAGGCACAAGAUCCUGGACAUGCUCUGUAAAAACCCACCUUUCAACAAGGCCACCGACUCUGAUCUGUGUAACGAAGCACUGGUCGACCAGCUGUGGAAGCUUAUGAACUCGGGCACCUCCCAUGACUGGCGACUCCGCUGCGACUCUGUCAAUGUCUACUACACACUGUUCGGCUUGACCCGCCCCUCCUGCCUGCCGUUGCCGGAGCUGGGACUGGUGCUCAAUUUGAAGGAGAAAAAAGCGGUGCUGAACCCCACCAUCAAGCCGGAGAUGGGUCUGGGUGUUUCCAUGGACACGCCUGCCAGCAUCGGCGUCCACGGCGUCGGCAUGAGUUACUCCGCAGUGAAGGAUGAAGCCGAUCCCAUUUCCCUCGGGGUGUGUGGGGUGGGCCAGCCUCCUCAGGGCCUGAAGAGAAAGGCCGACGCGCUUCUGUGUUCCCCCCCGGAGCCCGGGCAGGUGCUGCAGCAUCAGGACGGGGAUGCAAGAGGAGCGGCUCAUUUUAGGAUCAGGUUCAACACCAUGGAGGAGGAAGACAUCGACAUGGAGACCGUCCACGAUAGUCAGGCCUUCAUCCAUCAGCACCUGAACCUCCUGGAGAGGCCGUCCACCCCUGGGAAGGAACCGCAGACGUCUGAGCAGCCGAUGCUUUCUCUGCCGGCCACUCCCGUGGCCCCUUUCUCCAAAGAGCCCGCAGCUUCCUCGUCCAAACACGGAGGUGAGCACGGCCAUCACCACCACCAUCACCACCACCACGAUCACAAGAAGAAGAAGAAGAAGCACAAGCACAAACACAAGCAUAAGCACAAACACGAGAGCAAGGACAAGGAGAAGGACAGCGUGUUCGCCCUCAACAGCCCCGCAAGCGGAAGGUCGCCCCACUCUCCGUCUCUGUCGGACUAGUCGCUGCGCCCCCUCACGGACCACGGUGCUUCCUCCUCACAGGGCUCUUUUAAUGUGUGUUUUUAUCUCACUUAACCCGCCUCUCCAAGACUGUGCUUUGAAAAUAAAACCCUCCUUUCAAUCUUUAUUAUAUACACUGUUUU